CGCCCAGGUGCAGUCACUGCGCGGCGCUGACGGCGGCGCUGCUCCGCUCGGGAUUACUGUGUUAUGCCUUGUAUGGUUAAGACCUCUUACCAAGAAUACCUUGGCUUGGCACUUGUGGACAGUCAGGUCAUAAAAACACUGCUAAGGAGUGCUAAAGUGGCAAUGCAACAGCUCAACAGGAAGAGGAAGCUUAGUAUGGAUUCCAAAGAGCGUUUGAAUCAGGAUGGAUGCUUGGAGCAACUGAAGAAGAAAAGAGGCCCAGGGAUGGUGCAGCUCCUUUGAGUCACGUCCCUUCAGCGGCUGCACAGGACAUGUGGUCUUGGGAGCAAUACUCGAAAGAACAGAAGGCUGUAGCCACACCCGUUGAACUGUUUUCCAAGGACCAAUGCUUUCCGGAGCACAAAAAUGGUUUUCAGGUUGGAAUGAGAUUAGAAGGCAUUAACCCCCGACAUCCAUCUGUAUUUUGUGUGCUUUCUGUAGCGCAGGUGUGUGGUUACCGUCUAAGACUUCAUUUUGAUGGUUAUUUAAGCUGCUACGGUUUUUGGACCAAUGCUGGUUCCCCUGACAUUCAUCCAGUAGGGUGGUGUGAAAAGACCAAACAUGAAUUGCACAUCCCUAAGGGUUAUAGAAAAGAUAAAUUUGUUUGGAUGGAUUCUUUGAAGGCCUGCAAAUUGCAAAAUGCUCCCAAGAAACUAUUCAGAAACAAAAGUUCUAAUGGGCCAAUACCUAAAGAAUUUCAGGUUAGAAUAAAGUUGCAGGCGGUCGACAGGAAGAACCCUUCCUUGGUGUGUGUGGCAACCAUAGCAGAUAUUGUUGAAGAUCGCUUACUAGUGCAUUUUGACAAUUGGGAUGAUAAUUAUGAUUAUUGGUGUGAUGUAAAUAGUCCUUAUGUCCAGCCAGUUGGUUGGUGUCAGGAGAAUGGAAGAACUCUGAGAGCACCCCAAGGUUAUCCUGAUCCAGAAAAUUUUUCCUGGACAGAAUAUCUGGAAGCUACUCAUACUAGCGCAGUUCCUGCCAAAUUUUUUUAAAUGCGGUUGCCUCAUGGUUUUCUGCGAAAUAUGAAACUUGAAGUUGUGGAUAAACGAAACCCCAGGUUAAUUCGUGUUGCUACGAUUAUAGAUGUUGAUGACCAAAGAAUAAAGGUUCAUUUUGAUGGCUGGGAACACAAAUAUGAUUAUUGGAUGGAUGCAGACAGCCCUGACAUGCACCCAAUUGGGUGGUGUGAUGUAACAGGGCACCCACUAGAAAUGCCUAAUAGAACAAAUGAUAUGAAAAUCCUUCUAGGUCAAGCUGUUUGUCCUACUCCAGGGUGCCGAGGAAUAGGCCAUAUCCGUGGUCCACGGUAUUCAGGAUAUCACGGUGCUCUUGGCUGCCCGUAUUCGGACAUGAACUUGAAAAAGGAGGCAACACUCCAGGAUCGUCUCACAGAACAAACACAGGCAAAUUUGGAAUUAGACUCUUCACAUUCAAAAUUGAAAAACCCCUGUAGUUUUAACUUCAGUGGAAAACAUGAAAAGGUGAACAGUCAGCCCAGACUUGUACAGCAGGCAAAACGUUUGAAAAUCCAAGGAAAAGACGAUAUUGACUUGGAUAAUCUCUUCAGAGAAUACCCUGCUGAGCAGACGCAGCAGGCGCUGCACCAGUCAGUCUUCUUGUCAUCCUUGUCGGCCCACCCUUUCUGGGACCUUCCCCUCAGUAGGGAGCAGCACUGCAAGCUGCUUCCAGGCGUGGCUGACAUCCAGGCAGGCAAGGUGGCCCCAUGGACAGUGGAUGAGGUGGCUGAAUUUGUACAGUCUCUGCUGGGCUGUGAAGAGCAUGCCAAGUGCUUCAAGAAAGAGAAGAUUGAUGGCAAAGCCUUCCUGCUUCUGACACAGACGGACAUCGUCAAGGUGAUGAAGGUCAAACUGGGCCCAGCACUGAAGAUUUAUAAUUCUGUCCUCAUGUUCAGGAAUUUCCAAGACCUCACUGAAGAAGUUACUGUCUCAGGCCAAGAAGUCAGGGGUUAAACACACCACUUGGGCUGCUGCCACACUGGGACCUUGUUCUUUCAGCGAUAAAGUUGACCCAUGUUAAUCUGAUUUUAAUGUCCCCACGGUCAUAUCCAUAUUUAAUAUGGACCUUUUAAAUUUUUGUGGUUUAUACGUUUAGAGGAUGUUGAUGACUGGUCCCAUGCCAGCAACGCAGUGGGUCAGGGAUGUGUCUGGUUUGUGAAUAUCUUUAUCUUCGGCGAGGUCUUUUCAGCUUUGAUGUGUUGCCUCAAACAGAUCAAAGAAGCCUAUACAAACACAUUUAUUCUUCUCCCUCAUCAUCAUAGAAGCCAUUUCCCGUUUUGAAAGCAUAAUACUCUCAAAUGGCAAAAUAUUAUAAAAACAGAAUUUAUAAAUACAUUGUUAAUGUUGUCAUCAGAACAUCUGAGCUUGGAUCAGAUUUGCCAUCUGGGUGCAAUGAGUCUAAGAGACAGAGGCCCAGUGCUUUAAAAUGAUAUCAUGUGAGAUUUUGGUGUACUUUACUCAGGAAAGUAUGACUCUUUAAAAAAUAAUAAGGGGCCGGCCGA